GAUUUUCCUUGUAUUUCUUUGAAUUCUGUUUACUGGUAUCAUUUGGUAUCAGAGCAAGUUCCUGGCAUCAUGGAAACUCGCUUACAAGAACAGAAGAAACUGAUUGAUGAUGUUGUUAAAACAGCUAUGGCUGAGAUGGGCGGACAUUAUGAACAACUACUUAAGGCCAUGGAGGAAAAGUAUGAAAACCAAGUGUCAGAUUUGAGAACUCGAAUGUCAGGUCUGAAUGUGCAACAAAAUCAGAUCAUGGCACAACUUGAUACCUCUUCAACUUUUCGAGGAUCCCAAAUUUAUGGAAAUUCAUCUUCAAAUACAGGUAUGGGGCCACUUACUUCCAAAACUGCCAAGAUAGAAUUUCCCAAAUUUAAUGGUGAAGAAUUGAAAGAUUGGUUGUAUAAAUGCAAUCAAUAUUUUAGAAUUGAUGGUACUCCUGAUGAACAUAAAGCUCAUUUGGCUUCAAUAAAUCUUGAGGGAAAGGCUAUGAAGUGGCAUCAAUCUUUUUUAGAGAUUAAGGGAGAGCAAUUGCUUUCAAAUUGGGAGGAAUAUGUUGAGGGCCUUAAGGCUAGAUUUGGUGAGAAGGCUUAUGAGGAUCCCAUUGGAUUGAGAAGAGAGAUAGAAAUUUCAGUGAGGAUGUUUAAGCCACAGACUCUUUAUGAUGCUUAUGCUUUAGCCCGGCUACAAGAGUCUUCUAUUCAGGAGGCACAAAAGUUAGCUUUAACAUGUAAACUUCAACCCAGACCAACUGCACCCUUAUUACCUACACCAAACACUCCUCCUCGGACACCUAAUGCUACUACAAAAACAAUCACUUCUACCAACUCUACCAAAUUACCUUACCCAAACACUAGACCAUCAAACACCUCUCCCAAACAUAUUAAGCCCCUUAUCAGACAAGAGAUGGAGGAGCGAAGGCGAAAAGGAUUAUGCUAUUGGUGUGAUGAAAAAUUCACCAAUGGUCACAAAUGCAAAAAUAUGCAGUUGUUUUCCAUUGAAGUUGUUGAGGGUGAUGAAGGAGAAGAAGGGGAAGUCUUUGAGGAAGCAAUAGAAGAACUUCCAGAUGACUCCAAUCCACACAUGUCUGUUCAUGCAUUAUCUAGAGGUAGCAGUGGAGCUUACCGUACAAUGAGGGUAACUGGAUAUGUGAAUAAGAAACCUAUUCACAUACUCAUUGAUUCUGGGAGUACUCAUAAUUUUUUAGAUGUUAAUGUGGCAAAAAGGGUUGGCUGUAAGUUACAAGCUGUUGAGGCUUUGAAAGUUGAUGUAGCUGAUGGAAGUUCACUGGAAUGUGUCCAUAUGUGCCAAGAUUUUACUUGGUGGUUACAAGGUAAACCAUUUCAUACGGAUACAUUAAUUUUACCUCUUGGUAGUUGUGAUAUGGUGUUGGGAAUUCAAUGGCUAGAGACCUUGGGUGACAUUUUGUGGAAUUUUAAGACUUUACGCAUGGAGUUUGCUGUCAAUGGACAAAAGUAUGUACUAAGGGGAUUCUCUCAGGUGUCUUUAAAGAUGGUUGGCAGUAAAGGAAUGGUGAGAUUGCUUAAAAAAGAAGGACAGGCCAGCUCAAUUCAUUUAUGUAGUCUGAUUGUUGAUGCUGUCGGAGGACGUGGCACUUGGCAAACUGAAGAAAAUAAAGCUGAAAACACUUCCAAGAAAGUUUCAACUUGUUCUGAAUUGGAGAAAUUAUUAUUAGAGUAUGCUGAUCUCUUUGCAGAACCUAAAAGCCUUCCUCCCCACAUAGCUCAUGAUCAUAAAAUUUGUUUGAAGGCAGGAACUGAUCCUAUUAAUCAAAGGCCAUACAGAUAUGCAGGAGUACAGAAGGAUGUCAUUGAAAAGAUGACUCAAGAAUUGUUACAAACGGGUAUCAUCCAGCACAGUGUAAGUUCUUUUGCUUCACCUGUAGUUCUAGUUAAGAAGAAAGACGGGUCUUGGCGCAUGUGUAUAGAUUACAGAACUCUAAAUAAGCAGACUGUGAAGGAUAAAUAUCCCAUACCCCUCAUUGAAGAGCUGUUAGAUGAGUUGCAAGGAUCAAAAUUUUUUUCUAAGAUUGAUCUUAGAUCGGGAUACCAUCAAAUUAGAAUGUAUCCACCAGAUGUUCCAAAAACAGCUUUCAAAACUCAUGAAGGGCAUUAUGAAUAUUUAGUCAUGCCAUUUGGUCUCACCAAUGCAUCUUCUACUUUUCCAUCUCUUAUGAAUGAUAUUUUUAGAGUUUACCUUCGAAAAUUUGUCUUAGUAUUCUUUGAUGAUAUCCUUGUUUACAGUAAGAGCUUGGAAGAGCAUAUCUGCCAUUUGAGACAGGUAUUUAAGCUGUUGAAAGAUAAUGAGCUAUUUGCGAAGCAAAGCAAAUGUUUCUUUGGUUGUGACAGAAUAGAAUAUCUUGGGCACUAUAUCUCUGAAGAAGGAGUUUCUACUGAUCCUAAGAAGAUUUUAGCUGUUCAGCAAUGGCCUCAACCGAAGACUGUUAAGGAAUUGAGGGGAUUUCUCGGUUUGACAGGAUAUUAUCGAAGGUUUAUUCGGAAUUAUGGGAGUUUGAGUAAACCUUUGACAGAAUUGCUAAAAAAAGAGGGGUUUCAUUGGUCAAGGGAGGCUAGUGAAGCUUUUGAAUCCCUUAAGCAUGCUGUGACAACAACUCCAGUGUUGGUUUUGCCAAAUUUUUCCAAGGAGUUUGUAGUGGAGACCGAUGCUUCUAAUGCUGGAAUUGGUGCUGUUCUUUUACAACAAGGGCAUCCAAUAGCCUUUAUCAGCAAGGCUUUGUCCUUAAGACAUCAAAGUUUAUCAGUUUAUGAAAAGGAGUUGUUAGCUCUAAUUUAUGCAGUGCAUAAGUGGUCACAUUAUUUGACUGGAAGGCACUUUAUCGUCAAAACAGAUCACCAGAGUUUGAAGUAUCUUUUAGAGCAAAGGAUUAGCACUCCUUUACAGCAAGCUUGGUUGGCUAAAUUAAUGGGCUAUGAUUUUUCAAUUAGCUAUAAAAAGGGAAAAGAAAAUGUGGUAGCGAAUGCCCUUUCUCGAGUGUCCAGUAACCAGCUCAUGCAAAUGGCAGUCUCUAGGAUUCUUCCUGGUAUUUAUGAAGAGGUGAGACUUAGCUGGGAAGUUGAUCCAAUGCUUCGGGAAAUCUGUAAUAAAUUACAGCAAGGUUCUUUAAGGGAUUCUGCUUACACUUGGGCUGAAGGACAACUAAGACGAAAAGGCGGAUUAGUUGUGGGAAAUAAUGCUGCUCUUAGGAGGAAGUUGAUUCAUUUGGUGCAUGAUAGUGCAAUGGGAGGUCACUCUGGAAUUCAAGCUUCCACAAAAAGGCUUGCGCUUUUGUUUUAUUGGAAAGGCUUAGAGAAAGAUGUGAGGCAGUACAUAAGACAGUGUGAUGUAUGUCAGCGUUACAAACCAGAAAAUACUCCAACUCCAGGGCUAUUGCAACCUCUGCCAAUUCCUGAAGCAAUUUGGACUCAAGUCAGUAUGGAUUUCAUUACAGGCCCUCCAAAAUCUUAUGGAAAAGAUGUUAUCUUUGUUGUUGUUGAUAGACUUACAAAAUAUGCACAUUUCAUUGCCUUACAACAUCCUUACUCAACUCUUACUGUUGCACAAGCUUACAUGGACAAUGUCUUUAAGUUGCAUGGAUUGCCUCAAGAAAUUGUAUCUGACAAGGAUCCCAUUUUUCCUAGUAAUUUUUGGCAGGAGUUGUUCAAACUCCAGGGGGUUGAACUGCAAUGUUCUUCUACUUAUCAUCCUCAAACUGAUGGGCAAACAGAAGUGGUGAAUAGGUGUCUUGAAAAUUAUUUGAGGUGCAUGACUGGUGAUUGUCCGACGGAGUGGAGCAAGUGGUUACCUCUUGCUGAGUGGUGGUAUAACACUAAUUUUCAUACUGCUACCCAAAUUUCUCCAUUUGAGGCUUUGUAUGGAUUUCCACCACCAUUGCAUAUAGUUUAUGUACCUGGAGAUUCAGAUGUUGCAGCUGUUGAUCAAAGUUUGCAAGCUCGGGAAGCUAUGUUGAAGGUAUUGAAAUUUCACCUCACUCGAGCACAGCACAGAAUGGUACAGCAAGCUAACAAGCAUAGACAAGAACGACAAUUUGCCAUUGGAGAUUGGGGGUAUCUCAAACUUCAACCAUAUAGACAAGAAUCUAUGCAAUCUAGGCCAUCUCACAAACUUGCUGCUAAAUAUUUUGGCCAAUUUCAAGUGAUUGAUAAAGUGAGUAAGGUAGCAUAUAAAUUAGCCUUGCCUGAUUCAUCUCAGAUACAUCCAGUAAUUCAUGUGUCACAGCUAAAGAAAAAGGUUGGAGCAGAAAUUCAGGUGACUAGUCAAUUUCCUGUGGAUUUGCCCUUACCAAUGAUGAUAGAGCCUGUAGCUGUUUUGGGAAGAAAAAUGGUGAAGCGAGGAAAUCGAGCUGCUACUAAGGUGUUAGUCCAAUGGUCUCAUGCUUAACCUGAAGAUGCUACUUGGGAGUAUCUCUACGAUAUUCAACAACGAUUUCCAAAUUUCCAUCCUUGAGGACAAGGAUGUUUUUGAGGGGAAGGAAUUGAUAUGUAGAAAAACUUAGAAGUCACGUGCAGGUGGCAUAUCAGUUACUGUUGGUUUGUGUCAGUUAAUAUGCUAGUAUAAACGUGUUUUGUAACUCUUUGUUGGGUGUUCAGUUAUUUUGGUGUUUCUUCAAUCUUCUUAAACUCCUCUAUAAUUCUCUUGUAUUCCAGACUUUAUUGCAAAGGAUAUAUAUCGAAGAUCCUUUCUCUUUUGUGGAUUUUCCUUGUAUUUCUUUGAAUUCUGUUUACUGGUAUCAACUGGUUCGAGAGUGUAGAUUUGGGAGAGUGCAACAACGGCUUAAGGAAAAAGGGAAACGUUUUCUGGGUUUGCCUUAGGUAAUUUCUAAACAGAGGAAUUUUUGGGAAGAGCCGUGAGGGAGAAGAAGGGAGCUUGAUCCCGUGGGUGGGAUCCCUCCCUUUAGAUCUCAAUCUGCUUUUUUUCCAGAAAUUUCACCUUGUUUGAUUCUGAUUGCCAUAGAGUUUUGCUUUAUUAAAACUGUACUAGAUGA